CUGGUCCAUCCUUGUCCCUCCCACGCCAUCUUCACAAGUUUAUAGUUUUAAAAUAACCAUGACCUUUUGCCGUUGAAAACUUGAAAUUGAUUGAUUCUUCCUUCCAAAUCUGUUCAGUCUAGAGUGUGUGAUAGGAGAUAAGCAAAUAUGGGCAAAGGAGGAAUGUCUCAGGGGGAAGCUGAAGAAGAUAACAUGGCUGCCUGGAUUACGGCUAUCAACACUCUCAAGAUUCUGCCUUUCAAGCUUCCUCCUGUUGGAUCUCAUGAUGUUAGAAUUAGGAUGAAGGCUGUCGGUAUCUGUGGAAGUGAUGUUCACUAUCUCCAGAAAUUGAGAUUGGCAGAUUUCAUAGUUAAAGAACCAAUGGUGAUUGGACAUGAGUGUGCUGGGAUCAUAGAGGAGGUUGGAAGUGAGGUGAAGCAUCUGGUUCCUGGUGAUCGUGUGGCACUGGAGCCAGGAAUUACUUGCUGGCGAUGUGAUCUCUGCAAAGGAGGUCGAUAUAAUUUGUGCCCUGAGAUGAAGUUUUUCGCAACUCCACCAUGUCAUGGUUCUCUCGCCAAUCAGGUGGUGCAUCCGGCGGAUCUAUGUUUUAAACUGCCUGAUAAUGUGAGCCUGGAGGAAGGAGCAAUGUGUGAGCCCUUAAGUGUUGGUGUUCAUGCUUCUCGGCGAGCUGAAAUUGGCCCAGAAACAAAUGUGUUGGUUAUGGGAGCAGGGCCCAUAGGGCUUGUCACAAUGCUAGCAGCCCGUGCCUUUGGAGCACCCAGGAUUGUUAUUGUUGAUGUGGACGACUAUCGCCUAUCUGUUGCAAAGAAUCUUGGCGCCGAUGAGAUUAUUAAAGUUUCAACAAAUAUUCAGGAUGUAGCCGAAGAAAUUAAACUCAUACACAGAGCAAUGGGUGCUGCAGUGGAUGUUAGUUUCGACUGUGCUGGCUUUAACAAAACCAUGUCAACAGCCCUGAGCGCCACUCGAGCAGGUGGCAGAGUUUGCCUUGUGGGGAUGGGCCACCAUGAAAUGACUGUUCCACUGACUCCAGCAGCUGCUAGGGAGGUUGAUGUGAUCGGUGUAUUCCGAUAUAAGAACACAUGGCCAUUAUGCAUUGAAUUGUUAAGGAGUGGUAAGAUAGAUGUGAAGCCCCUUAUAACUCACAGGUUUGGGUUCUCCCAGAAGGAAGUUGAAGAAGCCUUUGAAAUAAGUGCAGGCGGUGGUAGUGCCAUCAAGGUCAUGUUUAAUCUGUAAACUCGACUUCAAGUUGAUGGAUUCAUUCUAUCUGAAAACUGAAGGAUAGAAAAUCAGAUUAAAAAAUCACCGCUCAUCAGUUGUUUCAACUUCAAUGAUGUUAAUGAAAUUAUUGUCAACUAUUGAUGAUUGAAUAAUAGAGAUGACUGAGUUUGUUUUUCAA